AUGGCGAAGUUAGCAACCGAGACUACAUUGAAAGUCCCAGAGGUUGCGAAACAAGAUGCUACACUGGCGUCCAUCCUGCUAUUAGACUUGGCCAAUCGUAUUUUGCCUAGAAAAAUGGACUUCUAUAGCCAUAUUUCCGUCGCUGUCGACUUUGUCAAAAACUGCCAAUCACUUAAUACCUCUCCAUCUGGCCAGUUAAUGUUUCUUGCCAUCAGAACCCAAAUGAUCAUGCAGAGCCUCUCUGCUUCUACACCACCUGACAAUGAUGAGGUGUGGUGGCCUAAGCAUACCAUUGGCGAUAAGAAUGCCUCAGAGUGCCACAAGCUGUGCAUGGAGGUCGCAGCGCUUGCGGCAGAGACAUACCGGCUCUUAAAGGAUGAGGAAAGCGUUCGAGCUAUCGGAAAACUUGUUAGAAAAUGCCUCGAUUUAGAUCAGAAAUGUUCCCUGUGGCCUGAAGAUUUACCUAGGCAUCUUCAAUACCAUCGACUGUAUUGGCAUCACCCGAGCUCGUCGGUUGACUACAACACCGCCGAGGUAUAUUCCGGACACAUCCUGCUUUACAGUGAUCGAUGGGUCGCCACAAUUUGGAACAUGAUGCGAUGUGCCCGUAUCGUUCUCAACUUGAGUAUUUCGCGGUGCUUGAUGUACUCCAGCUCCGGUGGCCAAGCCUGCGAAAGUAUUGCAAGUACCAUGACGGGCUUGGUUGACGACAUCAUAGCUACAGUUCCAUACCAGCUGCGCUGUGUCGGGAGUCUGGUUGGGGAUGGCUCAUUGAUGGGCCAGUGGGGAACUUCAGUCAUUUGGCCGCUCGCCAUGAUAGUAUCGCUGGCUUGUGUCAAAAAGGAACAGCGGAUUUGGAUUCGCGCUCGCCUUAAGCACAUUAGCUCGCGCCUCGGAAUUGGACUCGCGCAAUUGAUCCUUGAUAGGGAACAAGCGCAGGACCUCGGCUGCCUUCUUCCCUGGCUUGAACCCCCUUGUAGUCUCCAUCAGGUGCCAGUUUCUGGGUUGAUCAUUUCAAACCAGUUACCAAGGUUAGAGGCUCUCCUCCAGGCGCCUGGUGCCCCCUGUUGA